AUGGGCGUUGCUGUGAUCCUGAACCUUGUCGUGACGGUCAUCAUCAACUCCUUCUGGGACGAGUACAAGAACACCAACAAGCCUGCCCUCGCACAGAGGCAGCUCCACGCCGACGCCGCCGCCUCGGCGCGCUACCGCCCGAACCCUUCGGGCCGCGGGCCUUCGCCCCGCCGCCCCGCGGCCGGCGGCGGCGGCGGCGGCGACGGCGACGGUUUCGGCGACACUUGUCCCGAAGGCGCGGAAGCAACAGCGGCGGCGGCGGCGACAGGGGAGAAUGGUGGGAGGGAUGGCUCUGAGAGGAGAGGGGUGUUGGCGGCGGGGGAGGGUGGAGAUGGAGCGGCGGGCGGCGACGGCCGUGGCGGCACCGGCACCGGCACCGCCAGAAACACACCUCACUUGCCGUCGGCUAGGGGGGGUUGGGGUUGGCAAGGAGUUUCUCUGGCGGACGAGGAGGAGGCGGUAGGUUCGAGCGAGCCGCCGAGCCGACGGGGGUCGAGAGAAGGGAGCGGCAACUUGCUGCACGGCGGCGGCGGCGGCGGCGGCGGCGGCGGCGGCGGUGCCAGCCAGCACCUGGUCCUGCCGAGUGGAGAAGAGGCGGGCAUGGACGCCGAGAGGAAUGUCGCGAGGAGGGCGUCGAGGAAGCGGUUGGACGUGAGCGGGAUCACGUAGUUUUCGUCAUGGUUUGUUGGUUGUGACUAGUGGUUUGUCGUCGUCGUUGUAAUUGUCGUUGUGGUUGUCGUCCCGGUUUUGUCCGGCGAGAUGUUGGUAAAGAGGGGAGGGGAUAGGCCAGUUUGUGCGCGUACAGGCUACUUGUUGGUACAAGAGGGAGAUUAGGAAAAAGAGGGGAGUUUGUGUGCAUGAAGGGUACUUGGUCCUCACCUUCUCGCAAGGGCGCUUCAGGUCAUCCUUGUCAAUACUGCUUGUUUUGUGUGUGUGUUUUUUUAUUGCGUAAGUCAACCCUAGGGCUUUUGUUCUUGUUUUUUGGCAUAAGUCAACGUUAAGAGUGAGAGGGAGGGAUGUGUGCACGGAAAAUGUGGUGAAUACUUUCGGUGGGUGAGGUGCGAUAGCUUUGCGUUUCGGUUGUGUUCCGUUUGGUUGAAGGGGCUUUGGAGGCUUUUGGGUGUCCUAAGGCGUUGGAGGAUACUUCUAGAACCGGGAGGCAUGGAGAGGGGCGUGCAUUAGAUUUUGCGGCCACCCAUGAGCCAUAUCCGUGGUGCUUUGUCAGUGAAACUGUUAGGUUUGCACGUCUUACUCUUUCCUUGUUGGAGGACGUGUUUGUUAUUUAUUCCAGCUGUGCCCAUCGAACUUUUGUGUGAGAUUGGAUGGAAACCACCAGCCUAUGGUCAUGGUAUACUACCCCAGCACCCGUCUGAUGGGAGUAGAAAACUGCCGUACAAUACAGACGAAGGAUUGUUUUAGGAUUCAAAGAAUUGCGAGAGGCAGGCAAGAGAGCGAGCGAGUAGAGCGACAGAGACAGAGUUAGUGCAGUAUAAGAGAGACAGGCAAUGAUAGUUGAAUCUAAGACAGUGUCAAAGGAUUUUAGGAGACCACGAUUUUUCGUAGUUGUCGGGCCCGCCUCCUAGAGAACGGAAUCGAUGCGGGUGAUGGAUUUUUUGUUGGCAGCAUUUGGGGAUUGUUUGCGCCGUCAUCUACACACACACGAAGAAUCUGCCCGACGUAAGCAGCACACCUCGUGUGUACUUGUAUGCCUCCAACGAAUUCCCCUGCGCUACGGGGACAUGACACCAUGCAGUGGCUCUACGAUAAUGUUCAAGUUUAUCUC